GACAGAAAUGACGCACGACAUUGCAGGUUGAUUCAAGCAUGACGGCAAAAGUGAAGAUGAACUAAUAUGAUGAUGAAUUGUAUGCGCACAGCACACAUAUGCAAACGGUGGGGAAAUACAUACAUAGUGCUUCCCCUUCUAAGUGCCGAAAAGAUGGUUAAAUUUAUAUACAUUCGGCCAUAUUAUGCCGAUUGAACUUGUUCGUCAUCCACUUUUUCAUUUCUCUCCACAUCAUCACUUUAUUUAUAGAGAAAUCCUAAAUCUUCAUUUCAAGCCGAAAAGCUGUACUUCUAUAUUCACAACCAGGAGAUUAUAAAGGGGGUCUUCAACAUCCGAUACAAAGGAACAAUCUUUUUUACUCAAAAACACACCUCCUAGCCAUACAUUCAUUCAUUCAUUGCCACUUUAUAUCAUGGUUAAUAUGCGUUUGGCAGCCGUUUGUUUAGCGGCUGCUUCUGCCUUGAUGGUAGGACCUUCUGCUUCAAUGCCAACGAGCGCAUCAAGACGAUCACCAACAGAUCAUCCUAUCGCAAAAAGGAGGUUCCAAUUACCCGCCUUCAACAACGAAGACGAAUUGCUAGAAUGGACCGAACAACAUAAAGCAGGCUUACGGGCAAAAUACGCAUCGAAACUACAAGAUAGUAACCAACAAGAAACACAAGCAGCCGAAGAAAGAAGGCGGAAAAGAAGAAGAUCUUUAGAAGCUCGUGAUUCGGUUGGAGAUGCUGCAUUGGUUAACUAUCAACAUGAUAGCUCAUUCUAUGCUCCCGUUUCGAUCGGUUCAUCAGCUCAAUCGGUCAAUCUAGUCUUGGACACAGGCUCAUCGGAUUUGUGGACCGUUCAAGGCAAAGAAGGUUGGAAUCCCGCUCAAUCUUCCACAUUUACCAAUUCCACCACACCAUUCAAGAUCACUUAUGGAUCAGGUUCAGUUAGCGGUACAUUAGCAUACGAUUCAGUCACACUUGCCGGACAAACGGCAAACAAGCAAACGUUCGCAAUUGCCACUUCUAUUUCCAAUGGUUUAUUGGGUGAUGCGGUUGAAGGUAUUAUGGGUUUAGGUUUCCCAAGCCUUUCGACCAGUAAAGCAACGCCUUUUUGGCAAAACGUUGGAGCAGACGAAUUUAGCUUUUAUCUUGAAUCUGAUAACAAUACCGAUACAUCUUCUCGUACCGACAAAGCACCAGGUGGAAUUUUUACAUUAGGAGGACGUAAUACGACUUUGUUCAAAGGUGAUAUCAACUGGUCAGAUGUGAUUGAUGAAUCGUAUUGGUUGAUCACAUUAGGAGGUAUUACUGUCAACGAUGAAGAUGUCAAUUUAUCAGGAACGAACAAGGUUGCCGUUGAUACAGGUACAACUUUGAUCGGAGCACCUGCUACGAUUGUUGAUCAAAUUUACAAUCAAGUUCCCAACAGUAAAGCAAUGUCAUCGGGUUAUUAUACUUUCCCUUGCGCUGAAACUGGAAUAAGUGCAACUUUGCAUUUCGGUAAUCAAGAAUACACUUUAACUUCUGAUGACUUGAUUGCCGGAACGGUUGAUUCAACUGCAACGAUGUGUUUAGGCGCAUUUUUCAGUAUCGGUUCAACGUCAAAAGAUGAACUUCAAUAUAUUUUGGGAGACGCUUUCCUCAUGAAUGUUUAUUCAAUCUUUUCAAAUUCCGGUAAAACGGCUCAAGUUGGCUUUGCUGCUUUGGCUGAUGGCUUGGGCAGUACAACAGCUUCGCGAACGGUGAAUUCCGUCGUGGCAGCCAAUGCGGCCGUUGGUUCAGCAAGCUUGACAAGUUAUCCACUUGUCGCUCUCACACUCUUUGUAGCAUUUAUAAUAACCUUUAUGGUUUAAUCCAUUCCUUACUUUGUAGCUUACUCUCAUUUGCAUGUACAUACUUCCCUGUUUAUAGUCACCACCACAUUUGUAUAUACGUUUCAGCUUUUUGCACCAUGACAAGUGCUCUUUCUAUCUUUCUGUCAUGAGUAGAAAUAAUUAAUCAAAUCUAUUGAGCCAG